GUUGUGCACAUAAGAAAUCUCCUUUUCUCCGGACGAGAUCGAAACACUAGCGGGAAGCUUAGAUAUAACUUCAUAUCCUUCUUUGCGCACGCUCAUUGUCUAUUCAAUAUGUCGUUGCCUUCAGACUUCCUCUGGGGCUUCGCUACAGCUGCCUAUCAGGUCGAGGGUGCUACCGAAAAGGAUGGCCGCGGUCCGACUAUCUGGGAUACCUUUUGCAAGAUUCCGGGAAAGAUUGCUGAUGGAACCGACGGGUCGGUUGCCUGCGAUUCAUAUAAUAGGACCGCCGAAGACAUUGCUCUCUUGAAGAGGUUGGGUUCUAAAUGCUAUCGUUUCUCUCUAUCCUGGUCGAGAAUUAUCCCUCUUGGGGGACGAAAUGAUCCCAUCAACCAGGCCGGUAUCGACCAUUAUGUUAAGUUUGUCGACGACCUGCUAGCGGCUGAUAUUGUGCCCUUUAUCACGCUGCUGCACUGGGAUGUCCCGGACGAACUUGACAAGCGAUACGGUGGUCUCCUGAACAGGCAAGAGUUCCCACUAGAUUUUGAGCAUUAUGCUCGUGUUGUUUUCAAGUCGAUCCCUAAGUGUAAGAACUGGAUCACAUUCAACGAGCCUUGGUGCAGUUCUAUCUUAGGAUACAGUACCGGUUUCUUCGCCCCUGGUCAUACUUCUAACCGAGAAAAGUCUGCCGUUGGCGACUCUAGCCGAGAGCCAUGGAUUGUUGGCCACAACCUACUUCUUGCUCACGGCAGGGCCGUUAAGGUGUACCGUGAGGAGUUCAAGCCCACAGAUAAGGGCCAGAUCGGUAUCACUCUGAAUGGAGACUACACAUACCCAUGGGAUCCCGAGGAUCCAAGAGACGUUGAGGCCGCCAACCGAAAGAUCGAGUUCGCCAUCUCAUGGUUCGCGGACCCUAUCUACUUGGGUAAGUAUCCCGAUUCGAUGCGGAAGCAGCUCGGCGACCGGCUACCAGAGUUCACACCCGAAGAGCUGGCACUAGUUCAUGGGUCUAACGACUUCUACGGCAUGAACCACUACACAGCCGACUACGUCAAGCAUGGCGACGGUAAUCCUCCCCCGGAAGACUACCUAGGCGACCUAUCGACUACCGCUUUUAGCAAGAGCGGCGAAUGCAUUGGCGCAGAGACUCAGUCGUUCUGGCUACGCCCGAACCCCCAGGGUUUCCGCGGUCUCCUGAACUGGCUUAGCAAGCGCUACGGCUACCCCCCUAUUUACGUUACCGAGAAUGGCACUAGUAUUAAGGGCGAAAACGACUUAAAGGACCCGGAGAUCCUCAACGACGUGUUCCGGUACGAGUAUUUCCGAGACUACGUUAACGCCAUGGCGAAGGCCGUUAGCGAGGAUGGCUGUAAUGUCAGGGGCUACAUGGCCUGGUCGCUCAUGGACAAUUUCGAGUGGGCCGAGGGCUACGAGACCCGAUUCGGCGUUACCUACGUUAACUAUACGGAUGGCCAGCAACGGAAAGAGAAGUAUAGCGCCAAGAAGAUGAAGGAGAUUUUCGACGCCGUCAUCAAGAAGGAUUAGGAUGAAAGGGAAGCGCGGGACUAGCAGUCCGAGAAUUACCUCUCUCUCUCUUUGUUGUAUGUGUUUCCUGCGUAUGUUACGAGUGCGUCGAUACCUCAGGUAAUAUUGGAGUAUAAUCAGUGUUAUUAAGACGGUCCUUUU